UUUUCCUGAAACCCAAACUCGUCAUUUCACACGGACUUUCCCCGAUGAUCCAAUGACCACCGCCUCUCCCUCCCCUCCCUUUGAGUCAAUGGCCACCGACUCCGAACCCGUCGACUCAAACCCGACUCCGACUCCCCCAAACCCGGCCCAGCAGCCGCAGCUCCUCCACCUCUCCUUCAACCAAGACCACGGCUGCUUCUCCGCCGGCACCGACCACGGCUUCCGCAUCUUCAACUGCGACCCCUUCCGCGAGAUCUUCCGCCGCGACUUCGGCCCCCGCGGCGCCGUCGGCCUCGUCCACAUGCUCUUCCGCUGCAACAUCCUCACCCUCGUCGGCGCCGCCGCGCCGGAACCCCUCUACUCCCCGAACAAGGUCAUGAUCUGGGACGACCACCAGUCCCGCUGCAUCGGCGAGCUCUCCUUCCGCUCCGAGGUCAAAUCCGUCCGCCUCCGCCGCGACCGCAUCGUCGUCGUCCUCGUCCAGAAGAUCUUCGUCUACAACUUCGCCGACUUGAAGCUGCUCCAUCAGAUUGAGACGAUCGCCAACCCCAAGGGGCUCUGCGAGGUCUCGCAUUUGGGGCCGCAGGCGGUGCUGGUGUGCCCGGGGCUCCAGAAAGGUCAGAUUCGGGUCGAGCAUUACGGGUCGAAGCGGACCAAGUUUAUUGUGGCUCAUGAUUCCAGGCUGGCUUGCUUCGCGCUCACGCAGGAUGGGAGGCUGCUCGCUACGGCCAGCAGUAAAGGGACUCUGAUCAGAGUCUUCAAUGCUUUGGAUGGUUCAUUACUCCAAGAGGUAAGGAGAGGAGCCGAUAGAGCAGAGAUACAUAGUCUUGCUUUCUCUUCUGAUGCCCAUUGGCUAGCUGUCUCAAGUGACAAGGGAACUGUCCAUGUUUUCAAUCUAAAGGUUGAUUCAGGAUCCUUGGGAUCCUUAGGGAAUGAUAAAUCACGCAGUCCUCCUAAUUCAUCCAGUCCUCCUAAUCAAUCAGCCAUUUCAUCUCUUUCUUUCAUGAAAGGUGUUCUGCCAAGGUAUUUCAGCUCAGAAUGGUCAGUGGCUAAAUUUCACUUGCAGGAAGGUUUGGAGUACAUUGUUGCCUUCGGCCACCAAAAGAACACAGUUGUGGUUAUUGGCAUGGAUGGGAGUUUCUACCGAUGUGAAUUUGACCCUGUGAAUGGAGGAGAAAUGACUCAGCUUGAAUAUUAUAAUUUCUUGAAGCCAGAAGAAACUUUGUGAAUUACUGUAUAUGUUUUUAUUACUUGGUAGUGUUCUCUUUUCUCUGUUUAUAUUAUGCUUUCUAUUUAAGUUCAUUAGGGAAGUGAAAUACGCAAAUGCACAUUGUAAAUAUGUGAGGAAAUGAAAUGAGUCCUGCUUAUUUUUUUCUUUGGACAAACAUGGAUGGUUCAACUUCAACCACUGUAUCCAUAUAUUUGUAAAGUGGUUAUUUUAUACAUCUCCCAGUUUACAAGGCACAACUCAA